AUGCCUUCGACUGAAUACGUGGAUAUUUUACGGGAACAGGAGGAACUCGGACGUUGGAUCCAACGGUUUUGGACUAACCUUUGUAAAUUGGGUAGGGAAAAAAUUACGCGGGCAGUUUUGGAACAGCGUAGAGGUCUCCUUGAGCGAUAUUGGGAUGCGUUUUUAAAUGGUCACCGUCAACUGUUGCGAUUCAAAGAAGCCGAGGACAGUGCUUACGUAGACCAAGACCGCUUUUCUACCAUCGAAGAAGCUUAUCUUCAGGUCGCGGCUCAGAUGGCGCAGUACCAAGAGGACCUCGCGAAUGCGGGUCCCUCGCGUGGAGUACAAGCGCCUCCAGACCCGCCGGCAAAGCCGCAAUUGCCAAAGAUACAAUUACCUACCUUCUCGGGAGACCCCCUGCAGUGGGAGAGUUUCCGAGAUCUUUUCCGGAGCCUCGUUCACAGCGUUCCCAAUCUUCCAGAUGUACAGAAAUUGCUGUACCUGAAGACGGCCUUGACCGGGGAAGCGGCGGAGGUCAUCCAAAAUACGCCAAUCACCGAUGCUGGAUACCAAGGAGCCUGGGAGGAUCUGGAGCAGCGGUACGGGAAUUUGCGUCUUCUGUCUUUCUCGCACCACCGGGCUCUUCUCUCCUGCCCUCCCGCGCAACAGCAGUCUGCCGCGGAAUUGAAAAGGCUGUUAGAUACAUUCAGACAAUCGAUCAGGGCGUACACGGCGCUAAACAAACCGGUACCUCAAUGGGAUGAGUGGUUUGUUUAUUUCUUAAGCCAAAAAUUGGACAAAACCACCCACCUGGCCUGGGAAACCUCUCUUGCUGAUAGUCGUGACAUCCCGUCGUUCCGACAGCUUUCUCUUUUCCUAGAAAAUCGCAUCCAAGCGCUGGAUGCUGCUCAGGCGGCCGACCCCGUGUUGCAUCCCGCAACAACCAAAGGUGCCCUGGCUAAAACAAACAAGGAGGCGUCUGUAAAACGGUCUAAAGUCGCAGUCUUAGCUGCAUCGGCUAAGAGUCCCGCCCCCCGUAAGUGCCCCUCGUGUGCAGGAAAUCAUAACUUUGCUUAUUGUUCUAAGCUAAAGGCGCUCCCACCACGGCGCCGGAAGGAGCGAGCGCAACAACUACAGGCGUGUUUUAACUGCUUGACUGUUGGCCACGACUCGAACAAGUGCCCAUCCAGCCAAGUCUGCUUAGCGUGCGGCAACAAGCACCACACGCUCCUCCAUGAUGCGAUGGCGAGUCCCGCGAAGAGUGCACCCACGGCCAAAGGAGACGCUCCAACAUCUCCACCGCCAGCGGUUUUUUCCGACAUCGAAGAAAAAAACGUAGCUGCCUCCUUCGCCUGUUCAGCUACCACUCGACCCGCCGCGCUCUUAGCAACGGCCAAGGUGAGGGUGGAGGCACCAUCAGGGGAACACCUAGAGGUCAGAGCCCUGCUAGACACCGGUUCGGACACGUCGCUGGUAUCGGGUUGGGUAGCUCAAGCACUCCGUUUGCCACGGCGGGCGGUUAGCGUCGCCAUCUCAGGAGUACAGGAGAAUGAGAGUGGACUGGCGAAAAGCGAAGUUUCCUUUUCUUUGCGCUCUCGUCUAGACCCAAGCUUUCACUUGUCGGUUCGUGCAUUGGUGCUGCGGAAACUGACGGCGUUGCUCCCAGCUCGAGCAGUGCAACCACAGUCUUGGCCGCACCUUCAAGGAGUGAUUCUCGCCGAUCCUGAAUAUGGAGUACCCUCUCGUGUUGACUUGAUCCUAGGAGCUGAUAUUUGUGGAGUUUUGUUACAGGACGAGUCGAGGGUUGGACCGAUGGGUACCCCAACGGCGCGGCGUACGCCUCUUGGGUGGGUACUGAUGGGCCCUGUCUCUGAUGCCAAAGGACCUAGCAGCAAGGCAGUCGUCCACAGCCUUCAUUGCCAAACGGACGACUCAACGAAUAGGCUGCUUCGGCGCUUUUGGGAGCUCGAAGAGCUACACGAACAGCCCCCGUUAUCACCCGAGGACCGAGAAUGUGAGCGGCACUUUCGAGAGACGCACUAUCGGGACGAAACAGGCCGCUACUCGGUGCACCUACCCUUCAAAUUGGAUCCAAGCCUCGCCCUGAAGCCCAGCAGAUCGACGGCGCUAAAGCUGCUGCUCAGCUGUGAGCGCAAGUUGGCGUCCAACGAAGCCUGGCGAGACAAGUACUCGCAGUUCAUGGACGAGUACGCGGCCUUGAGUCACAUGGAGGCGGUACCGGAAUCUGCGGUUCAGGAUCCAGCCUACUAUCUACCGCACCAUGCUGUGGCGAAGCGAUACGACCCUACUGGCAAAAUCGGGGUCGUCUUCAAUGCCUCCUUUCGCACCGCCACGGGAUCCUCUCUCAACGACUGCCUGCUGCCUGGACCGAAACUACAGUCAGACCUCUGGAUGAUUUUAACACGAUGGCGCCUUUUUCGAGUAGUAUUUACCUCGGAUAUUGUUAAAAUGUUUCGGCAGAUUCGAGUAGACCCGGCGGACGCGGACUGGACCAGGAUACUUUGGCGCUCCAGACCCGAUCAACCUGUACAGGACUUCAGGCUCAAGACCGUCACCUAUGGCACAGCCUGCGCGCCCUUCCUUGCGCUGCGGGUGUUGGUCCAACUAGCGGCAGACGAAGAGGAGCGUUUUCCGCUGGGAGCGGUCGCAAUUCGUCGGCAUUCGUAUGUGGAUGAUAUCCUUGCCGGGGCCGACGACGAGGAAGCAGCUCUGGAAUUACGACGACAGGUCAUCUCCAUCCUGCAAUCGGGAGGCUUCGAUCUGAGUAAAUGGGCAUCGAAUAAGCCGAGCUUACAGGAAGCGGAAGAAAGUCAAGCCUGCGUGUUCCAGGACCACACUGGAGUCAGUACCUUGGGAGUCGUCUGGAGGCCAACCACGGACACCUUCUCCUUGCGUGUCCUUCCACCCCUCAAAGAGCCCUCCCGAUACACAAAAAGGCGUAUCCUCUCGGAAGUAGCCAGUCUCUUCGACCCCUUGGGAUGGGCGGCCCCUGUUUUAAUUUUCGCAAAGAUUCUCAUGCAGGACCUCUGGAUAAUUGGCGCAGAGUGGGAUGAGGACUUACCUGACCAACUGCUUUCCGCAUGGAAAACCUUCCGGACGACGCUGAGCCAACUCGACGCUUUGGCCAUUCCUCGCUGGACGAACUACUCAGCAGACUCGGCGCAACUGGAUCUGCACGGGUUCUGCGAUGCCUCCCAGCGAGCUUAUGCAGCCGUCGUCUACCUGCGAGUGUCCAAGGGAGAAGUCAGCGUAACCACACUGCUUGUGGCAAAAACCAAGGUCGCUCCGGUCAAAGCAGUUAGCAUACCACGCCUGGAAUUAUGCGGCGCCGUGCUUCUUUCCAAAUUAAUUGCGGAAGUACAAAGGGGAUUGAACGUACCAGCAACCAUCACGGCUUGGACGGACUCUAGCGUUACCCUCCACUGGAUCCGAGGGCAUGCCUCGACCUGGAAGCCGUUUGUUGCUCACAGAGUAGCCACUGUGCAGUCCAAUGUUCCGCCUCAAAAUUGGAGACACGUGGCUACCAAACACAACCCUGCGGACUUGGCAACAAGAGGGAUAACGCCGUCGGAGCUCCUAUCGUCGCAGCUUUGGUGGAGGGGACCCUCCUGGCUCAUCAACCCCCCCGAUCAGUGGCCUGCAUCACCACUAGGAAAGGUCGAGGAGGCCGACUUGGAGCAGGGCCGAGUACAAAUCUACCUAGCAAAGGAAAACGAGGAGAACGAUCUCUUAACAAGGUUUUCAAGCUUGACACGCCUAACUGCCGUUAUUGCUCUCUGCUUUAGAUUUCAUCGACUUACAAGGAAGCUGAAGACCGAAACCGGGUUCAUCCGGGCUUCGGAGCGAGACGCUGCUCUGCGGAUCGCUAUCGGCCUAGCUCAGAAGUCCAACUUCCACGCAGAGGUCGACCAGCUCCGGCAGCACAAAGAGGUACGGCGAUCGUCGACCCUCAUCGCCUUGAGGCCCUUCCUGGAUGACCAAGGGCUGCUACGCGUCGGAGGCCGCCUGGACCAAGCCUCCCUUCCCUAUAAUGAGAGGCACCCUUACAUCAUCGGGAAGAAAAAUCCGUUGGCUACUCUUUUGGUGCGAGAUGCCCAUCUCCGUACUUUACACGGAGGACCACAACUCACCAGGAGCCUGCUGGCGCGACGCUACUGGAUCAUCCAUGGCCGCUCUCUAGUGCGAGACGUCAUUAAGGGGUGCGUAAAAUGUGCUCGCUACAGUGGAAGGCCGACCACGCAGUUGAUGGGCCCCUUACCGAUCGAGCGCAUUACUCCCCGCCGACCCUUCCUUUCUACGGGAGUGGACUACGCAGGACCGGUGAAGCUGCGAACAUCGCCAGGAAGAGGACACAAAUCCUACAAGGGAUAUAUAGCGCUGUUCAUUUGCCUUAGUACUCGCGCGAUUCAUCUGGAAGCUGUCUCAGAUCUUACCUCUGCCUCAUUCCUAGCCGCUUUUCGCAGGUUCAUCAGUCGCCGAGGCCGCUGCGCCACGAUGUUGAGCGAUAAUGGGACCGUCUUCCACGGAGCGGACCGGGAGUUGCGCAACAUGUUCCGCGGCGCUUCCGCCUUCUACCUAAACGCCGCAGCUUCGCUGGCAGCCGAAGGCACGGAUUGGAGCUUCAUCCCUCCGUAUGCUCCGCACUUCGGGGGCCUAUGGGAGGCAGGAGUUAGAACGGUUAAACAUCAUUUGCGAAGAAUCGUCGAAAACGCCACGCUUACCUUCGAGGAGAUGACGACGCUUCUGUGCCAGGUGGAAGCUUGCGUAAAUUCACGGCCGCUACAUCCACUUUCCGACGACCCCUCGGACCUGUCGGCAUUAACACCCGGACACUUUUUAAUCGGUGAACCCACUUGUAUCGUUCCGGAUCCAGAAUCCGACUCGCAUGAUAUUUCUCUUAUUUCGCGCUGGCGACAAAUAUCUGCAUUACGUUCUCACUUUUGGCACAGGUGGAGGCGGGAAUAUCUGCAGCAUUUGCAGCAACUUCCCAAGUGGCGUCAGCAGAAGGAGAACCUGAAGCUGGGGACACUAGUGUUACUACGCGACGAGUUGCAACCACCGGCAAAAUGGCCGAUGGGCCGGGUUGAAGCCCUUCAUCCAGGGCCAGAUGGACGAGUAAGAGUAGCCACCUUGAAAACUACUAGCGGUUCCGUCACCAGACCAAUCGUCAAGUUGUGCCCCCUCCCGGUGCCCUCUGCUGACGUCACUUCACCUACUUCCACGUAA